AAUGCAUAACUGCAUAACUGCCUGAGAUAAUGCUGUUCACCCACACGCCCUGAAGCUGCUGCUGAGGAAGGAACAGACAGUCCUGUCCAAUCAGGGAGCUACUCACAGAGAGGGAGGGGAACCAUGUCCCAACACCACCACAGGAACCCCAGCCAGGGCAGCCACCGCACAAUGAGCGCCGAGGAGAGGUGUACCACGCCCGUCCGCCACCACAAGACGCCUACACACAAGAGCUCCUCCUCCUCAUCCUCAUCCCAGCGCAACAGCCGGCAGGAGGCAGACAGCUGGGAAAUCAUUGAGGGGCUGAAAAUCGGUCAGAGCAACGUCCAGAGGCCAGAUAAAUACGAGGGCUUCAUGCUGAAGAAGCGGAAAUGGCCGCUGAAAGGCUGGCACAAGCGUUUUUUUGUCCUGGACAAUGGGAUGCUGAAGUACUCCAAGUCACCCAUUGAUAUUCAGAAAGGCAAGCUGCAUGGUUGCAUUGAUGUGGGUCUCUCUGUCAUGUCCAUUAAGAAGAAGGCCCGCCGCAUUGACUUGGACACAGAGGAGCAUAUCUACCACCUCAAGAUCAAGUCUCCGGACAUCUUUGACUCCUGGGUGGUCAAGCUGCGCCACCACCGUCUCUACCGGCAGAAUGAGAUCGUCCGCUCCCCCAGAGACGCCCCCAUAAGGACGUUUCCUCCCCCUGCCAGCACAGACGCCUCUUCCCUGUCGGUUGGCUCCUCUUCCCUGUCGGUUAGCGCCUCUUCCCUGUCGGUUAGCUCCCUUCCCUGGCGGUUAGCUCCUCUUCCCUGUCGGAGCAGCCUGCCUGCCUCCUACAGUGACGGACAGAGCAAGGUGGCCGCAUGGCUCCAGGAGUCGGAGGAGAUGGACAAGUGUACAGAGGAGCUCGCCCGCUGCCAGUCCAGCCUGAUUGAGCUGAGCAGGUUACUGCAGAGCCUGGAGAUCCUACAGAGGACCCAGUCAGCGCCCAAUUUCACUGACAUGCAGGUCCCCUCUCUCCCUGUGAGUGCCAGCAUGUCUCCCACGCACCUCCGCUCCUCCAACCCCAACCUGUGCGCUGAGCUGGUGGACUUCCAGACCCCUGUCUCUCGCCUGGUUCCUGACAACAUGGAGUGUGGCGGUGACUACAUCAAACUACAGGAGGACUUCUGCCUCCUCGCUCAGAAAGUCCACUCUCUGUUGAAGUCUGCGUUCAACACGGUUGCCAUGGAGAAGGAGAAGAUCAAAACAGUUCUGUCAGACCAGGAGCAGUCUGCCCAGAUCAUCACCCUCAGGAAGUCUCUGUCACAGGCCCUGUCCCAAAACGCUGAGCUUAAAACCAGACUGGGCCGCAUCCACUCUGAGUCGGUCCCGUCUGAACAAACAGUCAGUGUGAACAUCAUCCCCAGUCCUGAUGAGGGUGGGGAGCAGAGGGGAAUCCCUCUGACUCAACAGACGUCCAAUGAGAGCAGGCUGUCUAUGUCAGAGUCUGUGUCUGAGUUCUUCGACGCCCAGGAAGUGCUGCUGUCUGCCAGCUCGUCAGAGAACGAGGCCUCAGACGAUGAGUCAUACGUCAGCGAUGUGAGCGAUAACAUUUCAGAAGACAAUGCCAGCGUGACUGAUAACGUCUCCAGACAAAUGCCGAACGGAGACCUGGCUGGACGUGCCUUCCGUAACGGGCGGCGCCCGUGUCUCCCCGCCCCCUCGCCGGACUGCAGCAACAUCAACUUGUGGAACAUUCUGAGGAACAACAUAGGGAAGGACCUGUCCAAGGUGUCCAUGCCCGUGGAGCUCAACGAGCCCCUCAACACCCUGCAGCACAUGUGUGAGGAGCUGGAGUACGCUGAGCUACUAGACAGGGCUGCCGAUACGGAGGACCCCUACGAACGCAUGGCCAUUAUGGCAGCGUUCGUCAUCUCAGGAUACUCCUCCACGUACUACAGAGCGGGAAGCAAGCCAUUCAACCCUUUACUGGGAGAGACAUAUGAAAGUGUCCGUGAGGACAAGGGCAUGUGUUUCAUCGCUGAGCAGGUGAGCCACCAUCCACCCAUAUCAGCUUGUCACGCUGAUUCCAACAAGUUCACCUUCUUGCAAGAUGUCAGAUGGAAAAACAAAUUCUGGGGGAAGUCCAUGGAAAUCCUCCCGAUUGGCACCGUCAAUGUUAUGCUUCCAGGCUUCGGUGACCACUAUGAAUGGAACAAAGUCACCACCUGCGUGCACAACAUCCUAAGCGGGAGAAGGUGGAUCGAACACUACGGAGAGAUCACCAUUAGGAACACCAAAAGCAGUGCAUGUAUCUGCAAACUCACCUUCGUCAAGGGAAAUUACUGGAGUUCUAAUGUGAAUGAGGUUCAAGGGUUUGUGAUGGACCAAGAGGGGAAGGUAGUGCGUCGGCUGUUCGGCAAAUGGCACGAGGGCCUUUACUAUGGAGUCCCGCCCUCUGCCAGAUGCAUCUGGAGGCCAGGCUCCAUGCCCACAGACUACGAGCUGUAUUAUGGCUUUACCAGGUUUGCCAUUGAGCUCAAUGAGCUUUGCCCUGAGAUGCAAGACCUGCUACCGCCCACAGAUGCCCGCUUCAGACCCGAUCAAAGACACCUGGAGGAAGGGAACGUGGAAAUGGCGGCCUCAGAGAAGCAGCGUAUCGAGGACCUGCAGCGCACCAGGAGGAAGUGGCAAGAGGAGAACGGCAUCAAGCACGAGCCACGCUUCUUCAAGAAAGUGGUUGAUGCCAAUCAAAGGGAGCGCUGGGUAACUAACAACACCUACUGGGAGCUUCGCAAAUCCCCCGGCUUCAUCAACAUGGAAAACCCUAACCUAUGGUAGCAUAUGGAUCGCUAUGCACACCAUAUCAUCAUCGCUGACAGAGGCUUCUAACUAUGCACAAUAAGGUUUUCAAAUGAGUGUCUCAUUGACAAGAUGACAGCGUGGAAGGGAUACAAGAGCUGAGAUGAGUUGAUGACUUACCGUCGCCCUAUUCAGCGCUGCAGCCGGCCAGUCACCCAUCCAAGCGUCCUCUUGGAUCCCCCUCAUUGAGCUUGCUGCAGAGGCUGGGUUGUCAGGGCAACAAUCUUACCACGUAGAUCUAUCCCAAGUCGUUUUGACUUCUGAGUUUGUCCUUGCCUUAAAGUCACCUAUCUACACCACACAUUUUAAAGCCUUUUAGUGAAACCCACUUGAGUUCUGAAAGCGGUUUGGAUUAGACCUUUGGACUACGUACUACACUAUGUGUCCUGCAUGUUUAGACUGCAGCUUUCAUUGGCAUAUCCUAAAUAGACUAACAUUUGUUUAAAAAAAAAUUAAAAUUAAAGUUGGAUAUUUUUGUAAAAUAUCUUCAACAUCAUAGAAUUGAGUGAAAAUGUAACUAAUAUACAAUAUUGGAAGAUUGCUAUUGUUUCUUUUUGAAUUAGCUAUUUGCAUUAGUUAAAUCUGUAUCAUAGCUGUAUUCUCUAUUGGGACACACAUUUUUUUUUUUUAAGUUAAGAGAUUCUCUGGUACUUUUGUAUACUUUUAGCCAGUAGUUCUGAAAGUAGCGCUCACGAGCCAAAAGUGGUCCCUGAAAAUUGCGUAGUACAUUACAUACGUGCAGAUUUGUGCACCACAUCAUUGCUCUCGCUCUGCUGUGUGUGCAUCAUGUGCCUCUUGCUAGCUGUCACUCAAAUGGCUGAAGCUCAUUGGUUGAACUGAAAUUUCUAGGGGGCUGGCCACGUGGGGGAAAAUGUAGGGGAAAUGUUGCAUCUCAGCUUCCUGAAAAACUGUCACUUUCAAACUUGGUAUUUUGUGUCUAAUUGAGGUAAGACCGUAAUUCUGCUCAUAGAUUAUGCAUGUGUGAACUAUACAUUAGCCCCGUUUAUACCUGCCACUUACAUGCGUCCUUCGUCCUGAUCUCGGGUCUCCCGAGUGGCGCAGUGGUCUAAGGCACUGCAUCGCAGUGCUAGCUGUGCCACUAGAGAUCC